AUGCGAGACAACAAGCCGAUAAUUCUAACAAAGAAAAAACCUGAGGGCCAGAAUAGGCCAAAGGGACCAAAUCCUGAAGAUGUGGAGGUUAAAAUGGUCAGUAAAGAAGUAGGAGAUGCUAUAGCCAAUGCAAGGACUAGGAAGGGGAUGUCAAGAAAGGACUUGGCUCAGAAGUUGAAGAAAAAUGUAUCAGUGAUUGAUAGUUGGGAAAGAGGAGAGGCACCUUACAACGAGAAAAUUGCAAGUGAAAUUGAAAAGCUUCUUGAGUUCAAGAUCAAUUGGAAAUAA